ACAAGCCGAGAUUUGGGAAGGUCAGGGCUUGCAGUGUUUUCCCGGAAUCUGGACCUAUAUUAAGAAAUCAGGAAAUAUUCAAAAGAAGAUGGAUGCAAGAAGGAUGAAGAAAGAAGAAGGACUCACAGAAAACACUGGACUUUUCCUGAAGCUGCUUGAAAAACACGACCCCUGGCCAGCCUCUGUCACCUACACCUCUCAGACAGUGCAAAGACUCAUUGAGAAGAGCAAAAAUAGAGAACUGGAAUGCACGCGUGCCCUCGAGGAAAGCUCCUGGGCAUCCAGGAAGAAUAAGCCUUCCAGUUUCAUUCAGCUGAAAAGGAGGAAGUUGUCCAAGUCUUCCGGCGAAGUUGUGUUCAGGGACACGCUGUCGGAAUCCACAUCAUCAAUGUGGGGCGCUUAUUCAAUAUCAGCCAUGGCUCCUACCAUGAUCCCAGAACCCACACACUUACAUACGGAUUCCAGAGACGGCCCCACUGAAAACUAUAACAAGAUCAUCUUUGCCCGAAAGCCCGUGACGAGGAUGCUCCCUACAGUUCGCUACUGACCAACAAGGAGAAACACACAAAUGUUUUUACCCAGGGGUCCCUGCAGCCAUCCCCCAAGAAUGUACAGCAAUUAAGCUCUAUUUGCCAUGCAUUUCACGGUGUCCUUUAAAUCUGAGCUUGCUCUUGUUCAUGCAGAGCUUGGCUGAGAGAAACCAGAUCAGAAUGUGGGCUGUAGGUGGUGGGUGGGUGUGUGCUCUCCCACGGUGCUGUCUGGAGGGGUUGGGCAGGGCUUGACUCCAGUCUCUGCCACAGAUACUCAGCACCAAAAUAUGGGUGAUUUGUCUGGGUACAGGCAGGAGACAGAUAUCAUACCAGCUAUUUUAUUAGAGAUAAUAUAAAUAACAAUUAAACAGGUGACAGAAAAGGGCAGGAGGGGAAUACAAAGGUAUCCAUGGAGGUGGCACCACAGGGAGGAGGCAUCACACUUGAGGCUUGGGAACAAGGGGAAGAUGCCAGACUCGUUGAAAGGUAGUUGCUUGGAGAAAGGAUAAGGGACUGAAUCUCAGACUUCUGAGGUGGAGGAGUGGGGAUGCCGCCCAACUCGAGCUGGUGUCUCUGAGUUCCGAGGAGAGUCCCUGUGGGGAUGGUGCCCUGGCCUCUGAAUGGGGGAGCUCUUUUGUUGAUGUCUCUGAGGGGAUCACCCUGAGGCUGCUUUUGUGAGUGUUGGGAAAAUCAAAAACUACAUUGAAAUCUUUCUGGAAGGAGUUGUCAGUGCCCUGGUGAAGAAAAAGUGUUCUUAGGGUUAGCAACCUUCCUGGCACGGACAGGAAGCUGCUAGAAAGUGAACAGGAAGCAAACAGGAAGUGAACAAGGAGCCACUUCCUACUUCCUCCUUUAGCCUUGCAGAUUCCUGCUAGUUCCCCCUGUGGGCAGAGCCUAUCAGGGCACAAAGCUGGAAUGUGGUUUGUAGAAUUCCAGCCCCAGCAUCUCCAAGCAUAGGAUGGAUUUUGAAGCCAAGAGAAAAUUAGCUCUCAGCUGGGUUCUGAGUGACCCCAUUCCUGAAGCUGCU